AUGGCGUCCCAGUUUUCCCAGCAGUACGCAUUCCGUGCUCAAAAGUCCCUUGGCCUCGUCAACGGGACACCAGACUACACCCCGGUCGGCGGGUUCGUUGCGCCAGAUGUGCCAGCUCGUACGCAGAGUUACAGCGCCGACGGACGACUCUAUGCCUAUGCGUUGCCUUCUGUGAUUCGCAUUUUCCAGGCAGAGGGUGCUCAGCUCCUCCAGGAACUCCCGCUCGCGAAUAUUGUUGAGAUCAGUUUCUCGCCUCGUGGGACAUACGUUUCUACUUGGGAACGACCUGUCAAGCUCGACGACGGCGCCCAGCACAAGAACCUUCGAGUCUUUUCGGUGUCGACUGGAGAAGAGUUAAUUUCAUUCACGCAAAAGUCACAGGAAGGAUGGGAGCUUCAGUACACCAUUUCCGAAUCGCACGCCAUCAGGCUGGUCUCAGGCGAGAUCCAGGUCUUCCGUCCGUCGGAGUGGUCGAAGGGGGUCGUGGACAAGCUGAAGGUCGAGGGUGCGACCUCUGUGGCAUUGAGCCCAGGGUUGAACCCGUCUGUCGCCGUGUUCGUGGCCGAGAAAAAGGGUGCUCCUGCCAGCAUCAAGAUCUACGGUCUGAAUUCACUCAACAGCCCGCCUACCUGCCAGAAAACCUUUUUCAAGGCUGAUCGAGCACAGAUCAAGUGGAACACCCUCGGUACUCAAGUCUUGCUCCUCACGCAGACUGAGGUCGACAACUCGAAUAAGAGCUACUACGGCGAGACUGGCAUGUACCUCCUCAGCGCUGCCGGAAAUUUUGACUGCCGGGUCACGUUGGACAAGGAAGGUCCCAUCCACGAUUUUGCGUGGAGUCCGAACUCGAAGGAAUUCGGCGUGGUUUACGGAUACAUGCCCGCCAAGACCAUGCUAUUCGACCAACGUGUACGGACCCUACAUGACUUCGGUACCUCGCCUUACAACUUCAUCUCCUUCAACCCCCAAGGCCGCCUCAUCGCCCUUGCCGGCUUUGGUAACCUUGCCGGCAAGAUUGAAGUCUUCGACCGCAAGACACUGAACAAGGUGUCGACCAUCGACGCUCCGAACACAUCGUACUGCUCCUGGUCGCCCGACGGGCGGUUCCUUCUCACCGCGACCCUAUCUCCGCGGUUGCGUGUUGAUAACGGGGUCAAGGUCUGGCACUGCACAGGCUCGCUCGUGCAUGUACAGCUCGCGGAGGAGCUCUAUCAGGCGAUGUGGCGCCCGACGCCUGUGGAGAACACUCCGCCGUUCGGUCAGCAAAUUCCUCCUGCUCCUGCACCGAGCGAGAGUGUGAAGACUGUGGGAGCAACACAGAAGGCGACUCCUGUCAAGGCUGCGGGGGCAUAUCGUCCGCCUGGUGCAAGGGGUCUCGCGACGCCGUCGAUAUUCAAAAGAGAGGAUGAAGGUGGACCAGGUACCCAGACGCCGAUUAGUGGCAGCGCCACCCCACCUCGGUACGGACGGAGCCCGGUCCCUGGCGCUCCUGGGUAUGGGCAACAGAAUGGGAACGGGCAGCAGAACGGGUACUUCAACCAAGGACAGCAGCGGAGAAACGUCCCAGGUGCCCCGACUCCUGCUCACUCGAACUCACCCAGUCCCGGUCCGGACGCCCAGAAGAACAGGAAAAAGAAAGGAAAGAAGGAUGGUCCUGGGUCCGGGGCUGCGACUCCUGCCGACGAGGAGAGCGGUCCGCCUAACGGGCAGCAGGGCCAGAGGAGGAACAACAAUACUGGGGGCAAGAAGGUCAACGGCCAGGGCGGAAUCGUGAACCUGCCGCCUCCUGUCGUGAUCAGUCCUUCGCAGCCCGAAGCCGAAGCGCCGCCCGUCACUCCUGGAGUUGACAGCGCGCUGGACCCUGCGGCCAAGAAGGCGAGGAAUUUGAACAAGAAGCUCAAGGCCAUUGAAGAGCUGAAGGAGAAGCAGAAGCGCGGCGAGCGGCUUGAGGCGACGCAGCUCAGGAAAAUCGAUGGUGAGGCUGAGAUCCGCAAGGAGCUCGCCUCUCUCGGUAUCUAA